CAACUACUGUAACUGAUGUAUAGGUAUCAAAGAACAAAUUUUAAUAAUAAAAAGGCAAGAAAAAUUUCUGUUGAGAUGUCUUGGGACACGACAGCUUGUUUUAAAUCACUAUGUUCAGCAUAUACUGACUACCAGCAACAACCAUGUGAUCAAACCAUUCAAGAUUUACAAAGACAAAUAGAUGUUUUACUUGGUGUUGCAAGUCUUGGUGCUACUCUUAAAGAUGUUUCACCAAAGCAGAUGGUUUAUGCAGAGAGUUUAUCUGCUCUCGUUAGCAUUAUUAACGAACCCAAUUUAAAAAACACUUUAUAUCUAAAAUCAGUAACAGCACUUUCUCAGUUAGCAAAUGAUGCUGAAACAAAAGUAAGUCUGCAAAAAACAUUUAAUCUUGCAUCAUCAUUGACAGCCUUUAUUUUAAAGAAUUCAAUGUGCUCUAACAAACAGCUGAUAUUGCAGAGUUUGAUUUUACUUCAAAAGAUGACAUAUGGCAGAAAAUAUAAUAUACCAGCCGUGUAUAUGGGUGAUUUAUUGCGCUACCUGGUGAAAACAAUAAAUAGCUCAUCAUCAGACCUACUGUUAACUUGCUUGUCUGUACUGGCUAAUCUUUGUCAUCAAAAUCCUGGUGUGCAGUCAUUUAUUAAAUCAAUGGAUGACGUGAAAACACUAUACAGGACGUUAUUCAAAUAUUUGUCCCACUCCAACAAAUCAUAUAGUAUCUUCAGUUUAGCUAUUCUAACAAGUGUUGUCUUGCACGAAGAUAUUGGUGAGAAGGUGUUUCAUGGAAAUAAUUUGGUGAAUAUUAUACAGCUAGUAUUCAAUGUACUGAUAACAAAAGAAGAUCUCACAACUCGUCAGUAUGCUGCUGAUUUAAUUGUAGAACUCAUGAAUUGUCCAAGAAUAUCAACUGCUAUUUCAGAGAACGAAAUGUUCAAUACCUAUAUUUAUCGAAUCCUGAAUCUUUUGCACAGUACUGAUGCACAAACAACUGUCAAGGUUCUUGAAUUGCUAAUAGCUUUUUGUCAAAAUGGCGCCACUCGCAACAAAGUUGUUGGCGUGUUUGUCAAAAACAGUAAGAUGGAUGAAGAAACGCAACUACCUACAGAAUCACUCUCUCCAGCUCAUGCUCUGCUUCACUGGAUGGUUGCAAGGGCAGACGAUGAUGAGACUAUGCAGGCGAAUUUAUUAACAAUGAUUUUCGUCAGAGAAGUAUUAACGGGGGCUGUUGAAACUCGUACUUCAAAACAUCUAUCAAUGUUUAUUAGUCAACUGUUAUCGAUAACUGCUGAUCAUUUGGUUGUCAACCUACAAAUUGAUGAUGAGAAGAUAGUGAAGUGGAGAUGUCAAGUAAUGGCGUGUACAAUGGAAAUUCUCUUAACUUUGUGCAAAGAAGAAUCGAUAAAAUCCGAUAUAGUUCAACAGUUGGAUAUUCAAAAUAUACAUAACAUGGUUUCACAUGUGUACAGUACGUUUUCAGAAGAUUUAAAAUUAUUACGUAACCCUGCAACGGAGUCAAGCCACGAAAUUGUGUUCUUGGUUUUUCGUUGCUUAGAAUUGAUAUCCAAUGUAAAGAGAGAUGCACCGACAGGACAAGAAAAAUAUACCUCGUUAAUCCAAGACAGUCAACUGGUUCCCUUCAUAGCACAUGCAUUGGCUAGCAAGUCAAAAUAUCUUGUUCAUGCUAGUUUGCAAAUAUUUGAAGAAGGACUGAAGCUUAGAGAAUUCUCUAGUAAAAGCCUAGGCGAUGUUUUGGCAUCCCACAAUAUAUCGAGACUAAAUGAAUUAAGCACACUCAAAACAAUGCAUAUUGAAGAAGCUGUGCAAAGCCAACCACUUUCUAUACCUCUUUCAAAUCCCUUACGUGACGUCACCAACACAAAACAUUCUGCUUUCCAACAGCCUGCCAGCAUUGCUAUUUUAACUGAAAAAUUAAAGAAAGGAUUGGAGAUUAAAGAUUCUAAAUUGUCGGACAUUAUGGAUUUUUACGAGCAUAAGUUGGCUGCUUUGACGGGUCGCGAAAAUCACCUACAAGACUUACUUGAAGCUAAAUCAGCAGCAUUAUCUCAGUCAGAUCGGCUUCUAGCUCAGUAUCGUUGCAGGCAAGCUCAGUCAGAUGCGGAGUGUUUAAAGUUACGAUCAAUGCUACAAGACAAUGAACGAAAGGGAGAACAAAACUCAAUGAAGAUGGACGAAUUUCAAAAACACAAAUAUAAACUUCAAGAGCAGCUUGCUGCUUUGGAGGACAAGUUAAAAUCAUUGGAAUCCACUGCUUCCGAACAUAAAGAGUUAAAAACCAUGUUUCAGGAACAAUGUCAAAAAUUAGAGACGGUACAAAAAAGUUUACAGGCAGCUGAGGAGGAGCAUCACUCGCUGGCUGCCAUGAAUGAUUGUUUGCAUAAAAAUAGCGAAAAACUAAAAUCGAAGUUGGAAUGUGCAAACGAACGCAUUAAGUUAAUGGAAGAUGAACAUCUAAAGUUUACUGAUCAGAUUAAAGAUAAAGAAAAUAGAAUUAUUGAUAUGAAGAAAGAACUGGAAAAAGGUGAACACAGGUUACAAGAAAAACAACAGGAAAAUAACCAACUAAUUAAACAUGGAAAAGAACUUGAAAAACAAUCUAAAAAACUGCAGAAAAACAUUGACGAGGCGAAACACCAGAUAUCAUCUCUCCAAAUGGUUUGCGAACAGCACGAACAAACGAUUAAGGAGAAAGAGGAUGCACUAAACCAGCUCAAUGCCGAAAUGGAAAAACACACACAAAUAGCUGCCAUGAUACAUAAUUUAACUAGUGGCAAAAUAAAUGUUUCCAAGUAACAAUGUAAUUGCACUGACAGCACUGGUUUGUUUUUUUAACGGAAAGGAUGAACUUAAAUUAUCAGUACCAUUAAACAAGAAGUGAAUUAACUGGUUUCCGAAAUUGCGUUCAAGAAAGGAAUAUUAUUAAUGCUAUCAAUAUUACUGCGACCCAAUUCAUUCAGAAAAGUGUACCAAAUUUAAACUCUUUUGCUGCGGAAAUGUUAUUAUCUCUACAAACAUUCCUGAAAAGUCCAGUUCAAUCGUCCCAAACGUCACCUCUAUAUAUGCACCUAUUUCUUAAUUUGUCUUUCUUUUUCUUUGACUUCAACUUUUGCAAACAUCUCCAAUUUUAUAUCAGAUUCCAAAAAUAUUGGCGAAAAUUGAUCUUUUUCUAUUUGUUUUUUUACAAAAGUCUUAUUUUACAAAUUUUGACAUGUUUUGGAAAUUUUCUCUCUGAAUCUUAUUUCUCUGUAUGUUCGCUUUAAAAAUAAUCUGUUCGUACGAUUGCAAUUCUGCAAGGACUAUUUUUCUGAUGUCUCCUUUUUUUGAAAGAACGUUCUCACAUAUUGACCCAAGCAUGCUGGAAUUUAUGUAGUUUGUAAUGCAACUCAACUCUUUUUUAUGUUAUUCCCUUAAAGGAUAUUAACUUCGUGAAGUUUGCCAAGAUACACUGUGAUAUCUGUGUACUGUACACCAAAUAAAACGUCCAUCUAUGGUGACAAUUUUAUGAUUUUUAAUUGUUUUUAUUCUAGCGAGUUCAGUGUUACGAAUUACUGUAUAUUGUAUCAAUAUUUGUCAUAAAAUUAAAAUUUGGAAAUAAAUGGGCAGUGCAUUGUUUACGAUAA